AUGACGGAAUCUGCAAAUCAACCCAGCUCUGCCUCAUCUGCCCCGAAGAAAGGCAAGAAAGACAAUCGCCCUUCGCCUGAGGAGAUCGAGGCCAAGCGUCGCGAACGUGCAGCCAAGAAGGAGAAGGCAGCAAAGCAGGCGGAGCUUGCCGCUGCCAUUGCUGCGAACGGCAAGGUUUCGAACGGACAUCUCGAUGAGCAAGGAAAGGUUCUCUUCAUCCCCCGUGACUGGGCGGACGUCGUCAGGACCGAGACCGAUAGCUCUGACAAGAAGCAGAAGAUCCGCAUCGUCAGUUGGAACAUCUUAGCGCAAGGCUUGGUGCGCAGAAAGCUGUUUCCAGGCUCGGACUGUCUCAAGUUCAAGGACCGCUGUGUGGGGCUGAGUGCCGAGCUGUCCAGUCGCACCGGCCACGGCUGGGAUGUAGGCUGCUUCCAAGAAGUCGACCGAAUGGACGUGCAUGGAGGAAUGAUGCAGAGAGAUGGCUUCAGCUAUGUCUACGAAAAGGGAUACAGACAGAAGCAGCACGGUCUUCUGGUAGCAUGGAGACGCGACCUGUUUGGGGAGCGUCCACACAGUCAGAUGACAAUCGAUCUCGAUGCAGAGAGCGUAGCACCAGCGUCCGAGCGCGUCAGGACGGCGUGCUCUCGCAUCACCCGGAAUGUCGGCCUCUUUGUGGCCCUGCGUGCACAAAAUAGCAAAGACAAGGAGGCCAGCACCAGCCCAGGACUGAUCGUGGCAACCACGCACCUCUUUUGGCAUCCCAUGCAUGCGUACGAACGGGCAAGGCAAUCUGGAAUUCUUGUACGAAGAUUGCAAGAGUUCCGAUCCGAACUUGGCGACGAUUGGAGGGAUGCGCCUUGCAUCCUCGCUGGUGACUUUAACGACCAGCCGCAUUCAGCAACAUAUCACCUCUUGGCGGGCCGCAAGCUGACACCGCACUGCCACAAAGAGGUGUCCUUGUCGAGCGUGGUGCACAAGAGCAUCGAUGAGCGAAGGGAGAAGGGCAACGUCUCGAACGGGUUUGCGCCUGGCACAACCGAGCCGGCCCGAGAUGCUCCGAACACCAAGAAAGCCGAAGCAACGGACGAAGGUACCAAAGAGCAACAGCAAGACGUUCAAGAGGCUGAAGAUGAUGCCGAUGAGGACGAGGCAGAAGCAGAAGAGCAAAGAGAAGAAGGUAAAGGCGAGGACGAGGGCAAAGGCGAAGGCGAAGGCGAGGGUGCUGACGAUCGCAUGCUCAAGAACUGCCGUGCUGCGACUGCGCAAGAUGCUCUUCUUUCUAUGGACGAGUUGCUUCAGUUACACGAUGUCGCUCGACCUCGGCCAGGAUCAGUUGCAGCUCCGAACGGCUCUUCUUUGCCUCAAAAAGCUGUCCACUCAGCGCACCUUGGCUCUGCUUACGCCCUACACUAUGGCCAAGUCCGGGAGCCGUGCGAAGAGGGCAACUUCUUCGGCUCCCCCGGACGAGGUCGAGAGCGCUGGGAUGAUCCCGAUUGGACGCCAGAGACUGGCAAUUGUCACCAGGGCGACAGCACUGAGCCAAUGUGGACCAUCUUCUCCAGCCUCUUUUCUCUCACGCUCGAUUACAUCUUCAUGCUGCCGAAAGCAGGGCCUGAAGGCGAAACAGCGUCGGCGGAGUAUCCGACAGUCACAAGACUGCUUCGAACACAUCGAACAGAAACACUACAACCGGGUCUUCCGAGAAAGGGAGUUUGUGCCUCGGAUCACAUUGCAAUUGGCGCCGAAAUCGAAGUGUGA